UUUUAAAGAAGCUGAGAUUUUGACAGCACCUUCCAGAAUCCUAAUGAAGAUCGGAGUCCACCGAAUGAUUUUCAAUCAUACAGCAACGAACAAACUUUGCUACUCUCUCGUUCUGUCUCUAUAGAAGUUGUCAAGAGAGACUUUGUGGGAGUUAACUCUGAUAAGAGAGAACGAAAAGCUCUGUUUCAUAGUUUUAUUUAUACUUGUAUUCAAUGAACCAGCCAAAACCAGGCGGACACAGUUUUGUUUUCUUCUUUUUUUCAGUUCAUAAUUUGCGCAAAACCACCGGGGUUUUGCUUAUUUUCGUGUUUUGAUUGAAGGGUUCAUGGCUUUGUGGUGGUCUUUUGGAAGAUUUUACUGAGUUUAUCAUCUUGUGGUGGAUAUUAAGCUGACCCCACUCAAAAUUUUGGGUGACAACUACAAAAGCCUGUGGAGCUGAAAAUACAAGUGUCCAUUUGGCGUUUUUAUUCAUUAGUGUUUUUUUUUCCAAUUAUGUGUAGAGAUAUGAAGCGUGCUUUGACUUGUUUAUCUUCUUUUGGUGUUUUGGGUUCAUACUUUUGAGUAUUAGCUUGCUGGUAAUUGAGAUUAAAGUGUCAAAAGUUACAGCUUUUUGUUCACUUUUAAGCUCAAAGUAGAGAAUUAGGCUUUACUCUUUCUCUCUCUCUCUCUUUCUCUGGCUUGGAUUGAUUGAGUUUUCUGGUAAUUGACAAAUUCUGGUUCUCUUCAAGAUCUUUUAGAUGGUUUUCAGUUUUUGGUUGGGUUGGUGAUGGAUUUCCUGUGAAGUUUAGAUUCAAAGAAGUUGUAUUUGAGUUACCCCUUGUUUUGAUUUAGGACUUGGGAAGCAAAUAAAGUGGUGAUUUUGUGUUCAGAGUUGUUGGGUUUACUCUAGAGAGACAGAUUAAUAGAGUUAGGUGGAAGCUCGAUAAUCACUUUGAGGUGGCUUUGGAAAUGGCUGCUAGAGUUGAGAUUAAUGAAGACACUGAAAAUAACCAAGGAAGCAUGUGGGUUUUGGAUCAGAAGCUUGAUCAACCCAUGGACGAAGAGGCUGGAAGGCUGAGAAAUAUGUACAGAGAAAAGAAAUUUUCAGCCUUGUUACUUCUGCGGCUUGCAUACCAAAGUCUUGGAGUUGUAUAUGGAGACUUGGGGACGUCUCCCUUGUAUGUUUUCUACAAUGCAUUUCCUCGUGGAAUCGAUGAUCCAGAGGAUGUGAUUGGAGUUCUUUCAUUGAUUAUAUACUCGCUUACUCUUGUCCCGCUCAUCAAGUAUGUUUUCAUUGUGUGCAGAGCGAAUGACAAUGGUCAAGGGGGAACUUUUGCACUAUAUUCGUUGCUUUGUCGACAUGCAAAAGUAAAAACCAUUCCUAAUCAACACCGAACUGAUGAAGAUCUGACAACUUACAGCCGUUCUACUUUCCAUGAACAAUCAUUUGCUGCAAAAACCAAGAGAUGGUUGGAAGGGCAUGCAUUUAGAAAGAAUGCACUUCUUAUUCUUGUUCUUGUUGGUACUUGCAUGAUGAUUGGUGAUGGGAUUCUCACUCCAGCUAUAUCAGUUCUUUCAGCCACUGGAGGGAUCAAGGUGGACCACCCCCAUAUGAGUAACGGUGUAGUUGUGGUUGUCGCUGUUGUAUUAUUAGUUGGUUUAUUUAGCAUGCAACAUUAUGGUACAGAUAAAGUUGGCUGGCUCUUUGCACCAAUUGUGCUGCUCUGGUUUCUCAUGAUUGGAGGAAUUGGCCUUCUCAACAUUUGGAAAUAUGAUAGCAGAGUUUUAAAAGCUUUUUCACCUGUAUAUAUAUACCGAUAUUUUAAAAGGGGGGGACGAGAUGAUUUUACCUCCCUUGGAGGUGUCUUGCUUAGUAUUACAGGGACUGAGGCACUUUUUGCUGAUCUAGCCCAUUUUCCAGUUUCAGCUGUACAGCUUGCCUUUACUGUAGUUGUGUUUCCUUGCCUUCUAUUAGCCUAUUCUGGACAAGCUGCCUACCUUCUGAAGCACCAGGAUCAUGUGGUCGAUGUUUUCUAUCGUUCUAUUCCAGAGAGUAUAUAUUGGCCAGUUUUUAUUGUUGCGACUGCGGCUGCUAUAGUAGCAAGCCAGGCUACCAUAUCUGCAACUUUUUCGAUAAUUAAGCAGGCCGUUGCACUUGGGUGUUUCCCGAGAGUUAAAGUUGUGCACACAUCAAAGAAAUUCCUUGGGCAGAUUUAUAUUCCAGAUAUCAAUUGGAUCCUUAUGAUUCUUUGCAUUGCAGUGACUGCUGGAUUCAAGAAUCAAAGCCAAAUUGGAAAUGCUUAUGGGACUGCCGUCGUCAUAGUCAUGCUGGUAACAACAAUGCUGAUGAUUCUAAUUAUGAUACUUGUAUGGCGCUCUCAUUGGAUUAUUGUGCUGAUCUUCACUGCACUAUCAUUGGUUGUGGAAUGCACAUAUUUUUCUGCUGUGCUCUUCAAGGUUGAUCAAGGUGGCUGGGUUCCCCUUGUAAUUGCAGCAGCCUUUCUCCUUAUCAUGUAUGUUUGGCAUUAUGGUACCUUGAAACGAUAUGAGUUUGAGAUGCACAGCAAGGUUUCAAUGGCCUGGAUUCUUGGCCUUGGCCCUAGUUUAGGACUAGUUCGGGUCCCCGGAAUUGGACUUGUGUACACAGAACUGGCAAGUGGCGUGCCCCAUAUCUUCUCCCACUUCAUUACGAACCUCCCCGCCAUCCAUUCUGUUGUCGUUUUCAUUUGUGUCAAGUACCUCCCUGUCUACACAGUCCCAGAAGAAGAAAGGUUCCUUGUAAAGCGGAUUGGACCCAAAAGUUUCCACAUGUUUCGAUGUGUUGCGAGGUAUGGCUACAAAGACCUCCACAAGAAAGAUGAAGAUUUUGAGAAAAAACUCUUCGAUAAUCUCUUCUUGUUUGUCCGGCUUGAAGCCAUGAUGGAAGGGUGUUCAGAUUCAGAGGAGUAUAGCAUAUAUGGACAGCAAACUGAGCAGUCAAGAGAGGGCCUGCUGAACAACAAUAACAAUGGAAACACAUCCUCCUCCAUGACAGGCCUAACCAUAUCGUCGGCAGACUCAAUCACGCCAGCAAUGAAAUCGCCGCUGCAUGCAAAUAAUACAGUGAGGUCAUCCAGUCAAAUGAGCAGCCAAACUGAGACAGAUGAGUUAGAAUACUUGAAUAGUUGUAGAGAUGCUGGAGUUGUGCAUAUUCUGGGGAAUACUGUGGUAAGGGCAAGGAGGGAAUCAAAGUUCUAUAAAAAGAUAGCAGUUGAUUAUAUAUAUGCAUUUCUUAGGAAGGUUUGCAGACAAAAUAGUGUAAUAUUUAAUGUUCCUCAUGAGAGUCUGUUGAAUGUUGGACAGAUUUUCUAUGUAUAAUUUUUUCUUUUUAUCCUUUUUAUCAAAAAGAGUAACUUUGUAUUGGUUGGUUUUAAUAAUCUAUUUCAUCUUUCCGGUUAA